AUGGCACCCUGGAAGAGCCCGGGCCUGGUGCCAUGGGUUGGUGGUGAACUGGAGCGUGGACCUCAACACGGACCUCAACACAGACCUCAACACAGACCUCAACACGGACCUCAACACAGACCUCAACACAGACCUCAACACAGACCUCAACACAGACCUCAACACGGACCUCAACACAGACCUCAACACGGACCUCAACACAGACCUCAACACGGACCUCAACACAGACCUCAACACAGACCUCAACACAGACCUCAACACAGACCUCAACACAGACCUCAACACGGACCUCACCACAGACCUCAACACAGACCUCAACACAGACCUCAACACAGACCUCAACACAGACCUCAACACAGACCUCAACACGGACCUCAACACAGACCUCAACACGGACCUCAACACAGACCUCAACACAGACCUCAACACGGACCUCAACACAGACCUCAACACAGACCUCAACACAGACCUCAACACAGACCUCAACACAGACCUCAACACGGACCUCAACACAGACCUCAACACGGACCUCAACACAGACCUCAACACAGACCUCAACACGGACCUCAACACAGACCUCACCACAGACCUCAACACAGACCUCGACACAGACCUCAACACGGACCUCAACACAGACCUCACCACAGACCUCAACACGGACCUCAACACGGACCUCAACACAGACCUCAACACAGACCUCAACACAGACCUCAACACAGACCUCAACACAGACCUCAACACGGACCUCAACACGGACCUCAACACGGACCUCAACACAGACCUCAACACAGACCUCAACACAGACCUCAACACAGACCUCAACACGGACCUCAACACGGACCUCAACACAGACCUCAACACGGACCUCAACACGGACCUCGGACCUCAACACGGACCUCACCACAGACCUCAACACAGACCUCAACACAGACCUCAACACGGACCUCAACACGGACCUCACCACAGACCUCAACACAGACCUCACCACAGACCUCAACACGGACCUCAACACGGACCUCAACACGGACCUCAACACAGACCUCAACACAGACCUCAACACAGACCUCAACACGGACCUCAACACGGACCUCAACACGGACCUCAACACGGACCUCACCACAGACCUCAACACAGACCUCAACACAGACCUCAACACAGACCUCAACACGGACCUCACCACAGACCUCAACACAGACCUCAACACAGACCUCAACACGGACCUCAACACGGACCUCAACACGGACCUCAACACAGACCUCAACACAGACCUCAACACGGACCUCAACACGGACCUCAACACGGACCUCACCACAGACCUCAACACAGACCUCAACACAGACCUCAACACGGACCUCAACACGGACCUCACCACAGACCCACACAACCAACACAGACCUCAACACAGACCUCAACACGGACCUCAACACGGACCUCAACACAGACCUCAACACAGACCUCAACACAGACCUCAACACGGACCUCAACACGGACCUCAACACAGACCUCAACACAGACCUCAACACAGACCUCAACACAGACCUCAACACGGACCUCACCACGGACCUCAACACGGACCUCACCACAGACCUCAACACAGACCUCACCACAGACCUCAACACAGACCUCAACACAGACCUCAACACGGACCUCAACACGGACCUCAACACAGAGCUCAACACAGACCUCAACACAGACCUCAACACAGACCUCAACACAGACCUCAACACAGACCUCAACACGGACCUCACCACGGACCUCACCACAGACCUCAACACAGACCUCACCACAGACCUCAACACAGACCUCAACACAGACCUCAACACGGACCUCAACACGGACCUCACCACAGACCUCAACACAGACCUCAACACAGACCUCAACACAGACCUCAACACAGACCUCAACACAGACCUCAACACAGACCUCAACACGGACCUCAACACGGACCUCAACACAGACCUCAACACGGACCUCACCACAGACCUCAACACAGACCUCAACACGGACCUCAACACAGACCUCACCACAGACCUCAACACAGACCUCAACACAGACCUCAACACAGACCUCAACACAGACCUCAACACAGACCUCAACACGGACCUCAACACGGACCUCACCACAGACCUCACCACGGACCUCACCACAGACCUCACCACGGACCUCACCACAGACCUCAACACAGACCUCACCACAGACCUCAACACAGACCUCAACACAGACCUCAACACAGACCUCAACACGGACCUCAACACGGACCUCACCACAGACCUCACCACGGACCUCACCACAGACCUCACCACGGACCUCACCACAGACCUCAACACGGACCUCACCACAGACCUCAACACAGACCUCACCACAGACCUCAACACAGACCUCAACACAGACCUCAACACGGACCUCAACACAGACCUCAACACGGACCUCAACACAGACCUCAACACGGACCUCAACACAGACCUCAACACGGACCUCAACACAGACCUCACCACAGACCUCAACACAGACCUCAACACAGACCUCAACACGGACCUCAACACGGACCUCACCACAGACCUCAACACAGACCUCAACACGGACCUCACCACAGACCUCAACACAGACCUCAACACUGACCUCACCACAGACCUCAACACAGACCUCAACACAGACCUCAACACGGACCUCAACACGGACCUCAACACAGACCUCAACACGGACCUCAACACAGACCUCAACACAGACCUCAACACGGACCUCAACACGGACCUCAACACGGACCUCAACACAGACCUCGACACAGACCUCAACACAGACCUCAACACAGACCUCAACACAGACCUCAACACAGACCUCAACACGGACCUCAACACAGACCUCAACACGGACCUCAACACGGACCUCACCACAGACCUCACCACGGACCUCACCACAGACCUCACCACGGACCUCACCACAGACCUCAACACAGACCUCACCACAGACCUCAACACAGACCUCAACACAGACCUCAACACGGACCUCAACACGGACCUCACCACAGACCUCAACACAGACCUCAACACGGACCUCACCACAGACCUCAACACAGACCUCAACACAGACCUCAACACAGACCUCAACACACGGACCUCAACACGGACCUCAACACAGACCUCAACACGGACCUCACCACAGACCUCAACACAGACCUCAACACGGACCUCAACACAGACCUCACCACAGACCUCAACACAGACCUCAACACAGACCUCAACACAGACCUCAACACAGACCUCAACACAGACCUCAACACGGACCUCAACACGGACCUCACCACAGACCUCACCACGGACCUCACCACAGACCUCACCACGGACCUCACCACAGACCUCAACACAGACCUCACCACAGACCUCAACACAGACCUCAACACAGACCUCAACACAGACCUCAACACGAAACUCAACACGGACCUCACCACAGACCUCACCACGGACCUCACCACAGACCUCACCACGGACCUCACCACAGACCUCAACACGGACCUCACCACAGACCUCAACACAGACCUCACCACAGACCUCAACACAGACCUCAACACAGACCUCAACACGGACCUCAACACAGACCUCAACACGGACCUCAACACAGACCUCAACACGGACCUCAACACAGACCUCAACACGGACCUCAACACAGACCUCACCACAGACCUCAACACAGACCUCAACACAGACCUCAACACGGACCUCAACACGGACCUCACCACAGACCUCAACACAGACCUCAACACGGACCUCACCACAGACCUCAACACAGACCUCAACACGGACCUCACCACAGACCUCAACACAGACCUCAACACAGACCUCAACACGGACCUCAACACGGACCUCAACACAGACCUCAACACGGACCUCAACACAGACCUCAACACAGACCUCAACACGGACCUCAACACGGACCUCAACACAGACCUCAACACGGACCUCAACACAGACCUCACCACAGACCUCAACACAGACCUCAACACAGACCUCAACACGGACCUCAACACGGACCUCAACACAGACCUCAACACGGACCUCAACACGGACCUCACCACAGACCUCACCACAGACCUCAACACGGACCUCACCACAGACCUCACCACAGACCUCACCACAGACCUCACCACAGACCUCACCACAGACCUCAACACGGACCUCAACACGGACCUCAACACGGACCUCAACACAGACCUCAACACAGACCUCACCACAGACCUCAACACAGACCUCAACACAGACCUCAACACGGACCUCAACACAGACCUCAACACAGACCUCAACACGGACCUCAACACGGACCUCAACACGGACCUCAACACAGACCUCGACACAGACCUCAACACAGACCUCAACACGGACCUCAACACAGACCUCAACACAGACCUCAACACGGACCUCAACACGGACCUCAACACGGACCUCAACACAGACCUCAACACAGACCUCAACACGGACCUCAACACGGACCUCAACACAGACCUCAACACGGACCUCAACACGGACCUCAACACGGACCUCACCACAGACCUCAACACAGACCUCAACACAGACCUCAACACGGACCUCAACACGGACCUCACCACAGACCUCAACACAGACCUCACCACAGACCUCAACACGGACCUCAACACGGACCUCAACACGGACCUCAACACAGACCUCAACACAGACCUCAACACAGACCUCAACACGGACCUCAACACGGACCUCAACACGGACCUCAACACGGACCUCACCACAGACCUCAACACAGACCUCAACACAGACCUCAACACAGACCUCAACACGGACCUCACCACAGACCUCAACACAGACCUCAACACAGACCUCAACACGGACCUCAACACGGACCUCAACACGGACCUCAACACAGACCUCAACACAGACCUCAACACGGACCUCAACACGGACCUCAACACGGACCUCACCACAGACCUCAACACAGACCUCAACACAGACCUCAACACGGACCUCAACACGGACCUCACCACAGACCUCAACACAGACCUCAACACAGACCUCAACACGGACCUCAACACGGACCUCAACACAGACCUCAACACAGACCUCAACACAGACCUCAACACGGACCUCAACACGGACCUCAACACAGACCUCAACACAGACCUCAACACAGACCUCAACACAGACCUCAACACGGACCUCACCACGGACCUCAACACGGACCUCACCACCAGACCUCAACACAGACCUCACCACAGACCUCAACACAGACCUCAACACAGACCUCAACACGGACCUCAACACGGACAUCAACACAGAGCUCAACACAGACCUCAACACAGACCUCAACACAGACCUCAACACGGACCUCAACACAGACCUCAACACAGACCUCAACACAGACCUCAACACGGACCUCAACACGGACCUCAACACAGACCUCAACACGGACCUCAACACGGACCUCAACACGGACCUCAACACGGACCUCACCACAGACCUCAACACAGACCUCAACACGGACCUCAACACGGACCUCAACACAGACCUCAACACAGACCUCAACACAGACCACAACACAGACCUCAACACAGACCUCAACACGGACCUCAACACGGACCUCAACACGGACCUCAACACAGACCUCAACACGGACCUCAACACAGACCUCGACACAGACCUCAACACAGACCUCAACACGGACCUCAACACGGACCUCAACACAGACCUCAACACGGACCUCAACACAGACCUCGACACAGACCUCAACACAGACCUCAACACAGACCUCAACACAGACCUCAACACAGACCUCAACACAGACCUCAACACAGACCUCAACACGGACCUCACCACGGACCUCACCACAGACCUCAACACAGACCUCACCACAGACCUCAACACAGACCUCAACACAGACCUCAACACGGACCUCAACACGGACCUCAACACGGACCUCACCACAGACCUCAACACAGACCUCAACACAGACCUCAACACAGACCUCACACGACCUCAACACAGACCUCAACACAGACCUCAACACAGACCUCAACACGGACCUCAACACGGACCUCAACACAGACCUCAACACGGACCUCACCACAGACCUCAACACAGACCUCAACACGGACCUCAACACAGACCUCACCACAGACCUCAACACAGACCUCAACACAGACCUCAACACAGACCUCAACACAGACCUCAACACGGACCUCAACACGGACCUCACCACAGACCUCACCACGGACCCUCACCACAGACCCACAGACCUCACCACGGACCUCACACAGACCUCACACAGACCUCACCACAGACCUCAACACAGACCUCAACACAGACCUCAACACAGACCUCAACACGGACCUCAACACGGACCUCACCACAGACCUCACCACGGACCUCACCACAGACCUCACCACGGACCUCACCACAGACCUCAACACGGACCUCACCACAGACCUCAACACAGACCUCACCACAGACCUCAACACAGACCUCAACACAGACCUCAACACGGACCUCAACACAGACCUCAACACGGACCUCAACACAGACCUCAACACGGACCUCAACACAGACCUCAACACGGACCUCAACACAGACCUCACCACAGACCUCAACACAGACCUCAACACAGACCUCAACACGGACCUCAACACGGACCUCACCACAGACCUCAACACAGACCUCAACACGGACCUCACCACAGACCUCAACACAGACCUCAACACUGACCUCACCACAGACCUCAACACAGACCUCAACACAGACCUCAACACGGACCUCAACACGGACCUCAACACAGACCUCAACACGGACCUCAACACAGACCUCAACACAGACCUCAACACGGACCUCAACACGGACCUCAACACGGACCUCAACACAGACCUCGACACAGACCUCAACACAGACCUCAACACAGACCUCAACACAGACCUCAACACAGACCUCAACACGGACCUCAACACAGACCUCAACACGGACCUCAACACGGACCUCACCACAGACCUCACCACGGACCUCACCACAGACCUCACCACGGACCUCACCACAGACCUCAACACAGACCUCACCACAGACCUCAACACAGACCUCAACACAGACCUCAACACGGACCUCAACACGGACCUCACCACAGACCUCAACACAGACCUCAACACGGACCUCACCACAGACCUCAACACAGACCUCAACACAGACCUCAACACAGACCUCAACACAGACCUCAACACGACCUCAACACGGACCUCAACACGGACCUCAACACAGACCUCAACACGGACCUCACACAGACCUCAACACAGACCUCAACACGGACCUCAACACAGACCUCACCACAGACCUCAACACAGACCUCAACACAGACCUCAACACAGACCUCAACACAGACCUCAACACAGACCUCAACACGGACCUCAACACGGACCUCACCACAGACCUCACCACGGACCUCACCACAGACCUCACCACGGACCUCACCACAGACCUCAACACAGACCUCACCACAGACCUCAACACAGACCUCAACACAGACCUCAACACGGACCUCAACACGGACCUCACCACAGACCUCAACACAGACCUCAACACAGACCUCACCACAGACCUCAACACAGACCUCACCACAGACCUCACCACGGACCUCACCACAGACCUCAACACGGACCUCACCACAGACCUCAACACAGACCUCACCACAGACCUCAACACAGACCUCAACACAGACCUCAACACGGACCUCAACACGGACCUCAACACGGACCUCAACACAGACCUCAACACGGACCUCAACACAGACCUCAACACGGACCCUCAACACAGACCUCACCACAGACCUCAACACAGACCUCAACACAGACCUCAACACGGACCUCAACACGGACCUCACACAGACCUCACACACAGACCUCACACACGGACCUCACCACAGACCUCAACACAGACCUCAGACUACACGACCUCACACGACCUCAACACAGACCUCACCGACCUCACACAGACCACACGACCUCAACACGACGACUCACACAGACCUCACACAGACCCACACGACCUCAACACGACUCACACGACCUCAACACAGACCUCAACACCAGACCUCAACACGGACCUCAACACGACCUCAACACGACCUCACACAGACUCACACAGACCUCAACACGACCUCAACACACCCACGACCACACGGACCUCAGACCUCAACACGACCUCAACACAGACCUCAACACGACCUCAACACGGACCUCAACACGACCUCACACGACCUCACACGACAGACUCACACAGACCUCAACACAGACCUCACACAGACCUCAACACGACCUCAACACGACCUCAACACGACCUCAACACGGACCUCAACACGGACCUCACACGGACCUCACACAGACCUCACACAGACCUCAACACAGACCUCACCACAGACCUCACCACAGACCUCACCACAGACCUCACCACAGACCUCACACGACUCAACACGGACCUCAACACGACCUCAACACGGACCUCAACACGGACCUCAACACAGACCUCAACACAGACCUCAACACAGACCUCAACACAGACCUCAACACAGACCUCAACACGGACCUCAACACGGACCUCAACACGACCUCAACACGGACCUCAACACGGACCUCAACACGGACCUCAACACGGACCUCACCACAGACCUCAACACAGACCUCAACACAGACCUCAACACAGACCUCAACACAGACCUCAACACAGACCUCAACACGGACCUCAACACGGACCUCAACACGGACCUCAACACGGACCUCAACACAGACCUCAACACAGACCUCAACACGGACCUCAACACAGACCUCAACACGGACCUCAACACGGACCUCAACACAGACCUCAACACAGACCUCACCACAGACCUCAACACAGACCUCAACACGGACCUCAACACGGACCUCACCACAGACCUCAACACAGACCUCAACACAGACCUCAACACAGAGCUCAACACAGACCUCAACACGGACCUCACCACAGACCUCAACACAGACUAGGAGUGUGA